AUGAGAAUUCCACCACUUCCAGUAGCAUUCUUCCUGGUUUUUUCCCCCGUCUCUGUCUUCUGUGACCCCAGAGAGCCUCCAGUCCUGCACCAUGAAGCUCCACUUGAAACACGCUCUCUGUUUGCUCCUCUGGACGAUGUACGUCUCCUGUCCAACGGCCUCCUGAAGCUUGGCCAGAGCAUGCGGGAGUUUGUGCAACAGACAAAGGGGCAGAUCAACACCAUCUUCCAGAAGCUGAACAUUUUCGACCGCUCCUUUGUCCAGCUGUCAGCGUUAGCCGGUGAGAUCAAGGAGGGGGAGGAGGAGCUAAAACAAACUGCAGAGGUGCUGAACACAAACAAUGAAGAAAUCAGGGAGCUGUCUGAAACGAUCAACUCUAAAAUGGAGACCAUCCUGCAGGAGAAAAGCCAUCUCCUGAACAAAGUAGAGAGUCUGGAAGAGAAGCUGAGCAGGCUGGUUGUGGGCCGAGCCACGGUGACGCAGAUAGCAGAGAUCAGCAGCCUCAGAGAAGUUAUCCAGCAUCAGAAGCGGAGCAUUAAAAACCUUUUGCAAGCUAUUGAGGAACAAGGUAGACAUCUGGACCUGCAGACGGUGAAGAUCAGGCUUCUGGAAGAAAAGCUAGCUGGCAGCACAUCAGUUCAGGAGACAUUUGAGAAUGUGCUGGAGAUCCCCAAGUCUGAAGUACAACUACCUGCCUCUUAUCCGACCUCAGGCACCAUAAGUACUGGAGUGAUGGAUCUACCAUCAGAUUGCACUGAACUGUUCGAUAAAGGUGAACGGAGUAACGGAAUCUAUGCCGUCAAACCCAACGGAUCUGAGCCCUUUAUGGCCUUUUGCGAUAUGAGCAGAGGCCACGGAGAAACAGUUAUCCAGCGAAGGAGAGAUGGUUCACUGAAUUUUAAUCAACCAUGGGAAAAGUAUGAGAAUGGAUUCGGCGAUUUGCAAUGGGAGUUUUGGUUGGGCCUCAAGAAAAUCUACCCUCUGGCCUCUCAGGGCAAUUCUGUUCUUCACAUCGAGCUGGAAGACUGGAAGCAGAACAGAUACUUUAUUGAAUACAGAUUUUACCUAGAAGGUCCAGAGAGUGAUUAUGCUAUUCAACUCAUUCAUCUGUCUGGAAGUCUGCCUAACCCUAUGAGCAAUCACACACGAGUGGUGUUUUCUACAAAGGACAGAGACAAUGGCAGCCAUUGGACCUCAAGAUGUGCCCAACCCCAUUCAGGUGGGUGGUGGUUUACCUGCUGCAGAGAUGCCAACUUAAAUGAUAAAUAUUUGCGCACAAGAGGUAAUGUGCGCUCUGAGCGAAGGAAAGGGAUCCAGUGGAGGUCAGGACGAAAGGCGUUUUACUCCUUUAUCUUCACCCAAAUCUCCAUCCGUUCUGUUGACUCCUUCAGCCCCACCGAUCGCUAAUCAAUGAUGCCGCUGGCCGUCUCUA